CUCGUUUGUUUAAUCCAUCAGAUGGCAAGCAAUUUUUUGCUUGAUUUAUGAGAAAGUCUGGUAAAAUUUCAAGUUUUCAUAAAGUUUAUAAAUUAGUUUAAAUGAAAUGGGCAAGAAGUUCUGCUACUCGGAGAAAAAGACCCUAGCACAUAUCGAAAAAAAGCAGAAUCGCCAGGGAUGUCGGGAUUCUCAAUUUGUGAAGGUCCAGGAUGGCGAGAAGGAGGAGGAUGAUGGCGGUGAGGCUAUGGCUCCUAGGAGCUCCGCAAGGACACCGCAGAAGUUGGGAGUUCUGAAAAACCUUGCCAAUGGUUACUUGAAGUUGGUCAACGAAAUCGAGGGCAACCUCUGCCUUCCAGCGCCUCCUUUGCUCGAAGCUAAACCAGAGCGUGAGUUGGGUGGGGCGAUCGCUGGAAAUUCCCAAACCGAGGAGGAAAUAUCGAAAUCUUCUGAGGAUACCACUCAUUCAGGAAUAGGCUUUGUGGAUUUGUAUCGGCGCAGUCUACAUUUCGAGUGCUUGGGAAUUCCACUCACUUCCUUGGAGCUUUUCUCCAUGGAAUGCCAGAAAAAUGAAGAACUAGAGGGAAGAAUCAUGGGACAGUAUCAAGCUGGCGCUGAAGGGCUGCAUUCAUUGAAAGCUUUAGAUGAGCGCUUGACCAAGGAAACUGAAUGGGUUCCUAAACAAAAUCUUUCGAAUAGAGCUGCUUGCCAUCCAUACGAAUGCAGAAACACCCUAAAAAAAACUUCUGACUCCAUUUUGUUCCCGGGAAAAUCCACAAAACUGCAGCCCAUGCUAAACAUGCUAACUAAAACUGAGCUGGAUGAGGAAACGAAAGCAGUGGAUGAUGAGCAACAUGGAAAUCAAUUUUCCACGAUUGAGCUAUACCAUCAUUCGUCCAAGUUCCAGAGUCGAUCUUUACGGAAAAGUACCAAUAAAAAAACAGCAAGGAGUUCUCCCGGUUCACAUUUUAAGUCCGAUCUAAGCUCCGUUCGUUCAACAGAGAAAACAGCAGUCCAAAAUCCAGUUGAUGAGGUACCAUCCAAAGGGUCCGUUCAAUUACCAAAACAAUCUUAUAAAUGGGGUAAAUUACCAGCUACAAGUUCAAGCAAAGUUCUUGGUGCCAAAAAGAAAUCGUCAAGUCCCGAAAAUCGUCAAGUCCAUAACUGCAGUGAAACGAUCAAAAAAAGAUGGCACAACGAUUUUAGAGACUUGGGUGAGCCGAAAUCAAGAAGUACCAAGGUCAAGGGAUCAUCUUCACGUUGGCUGCCCUGCAGACCAGAAGGUAUAUCGAAUAGAUGUAGAAGAUUACAUGCAGGCUCAGAACUCAAGGCAGCCACACCCUUGGCGGUCGAGUCCCAUAUAUAUGAAAGUGACAGUAAGGUGUUUGGGGGUGCACAUGCCUCUAGUCCAGCGGAGAGCUCCUCUAUGAAAGUAUGCGACAAAUGUAGCUCAUUAGAGGAGCUAAUGAAAAGAAACCCAAAAAAGAAAAAGAAGAAGUCUAUCAGCCCGAUUGUUGAGUCCGAUUUUGAGACAAUGGAGCCUCUGCGUUCUAACGAUACCUUCACGGAGGCGUGGAAGAAAUCGAACAUGAAUAGGUGCCAACACCAGCAAGACCAACGGAUCGGCGGGUUUUAUAGUCGGGCCGAGAAGCUAAAGUUCCAGCCCAUAGAUCGCCUGGACGUGGGCUGUGCGGGACUGCCGCUGUUCAGGAACUCGGACGAGUCCCUGGAGCGGACACAGUUCUUUGUGACCGAGUUCGACAAGCUGAGUCGCGCUGAAAGAAUGCAGAACAUAGAGUUUCGAAUGGGCCAGUUGCGGUGGCUGCAGGCCACUUCGGAUCAGCAAUAUCGCCAGCACUUCCGCAAACAGAGGAUUGAUUUCAAGAGGGUCCUGCCUAAUUCGGCGCAGUUUGCGUGUCCUUUGGGACACGACGAAUGUCCGGCUGUGAUGAACGCCACGCUACUGGCACACGUCGUAUCUCGGCAUUUGGAUGAGCCGGGCAAGGAGCUGCGUGUGGUUUUCAAUGGCGAAAAGGUGCUAAUGGUCUUCACUCCCAUGGCCUUCCAGCUGGGCAAGACUGAGUGCAUGGCCGUGCUGAGCUACGGGGGCAUCCGGAAUAAGCCCUGCACCCUGCCCGCCGUCAGAUUUAUGCCCACCCGGAACAGCUGUUUGCCAGAAGCCUACGCCCAUCUCGACGUCCAUUUGCCCCUGCUCGUGAUGAUUAGUAGGAAUCGCCUGAGUAGCGUAGAAGGCAGAAAGGAGCGGUUCGAUGGACUAAAAGACGAGGACACCCUCGCUCUGUGGAUGGUCACUAGAGAUCUGCCUUGCCCCAUACACGUGAUGAUGACCGUAAUCAACCGACGACUAGACAUCACCAGAAGCUCCAUCAUGAAGGUCCGAGGACUUCAAAAGUCGCACGAUCCUCUCGACUUUAUGCUAACAAGCAAAAACUAUAUGCGACUCACCGAUCACGACUUGCGUGUCCUCACCAACGAUCAUACAGAGCCCAUUUACAUGGAGAUUGUUGUGAAGGAGUACAACGGUAUAUAUCCACGUCACUUUCCAGGCCACUUCCACGGAACCCACUGAAUCUAUCACAUUUCCCUUAGUUGGACCUCAGUUUCUGGAAUACGUUAGUAUUUAUGUAAAACCAUUUUCGGCCAGAGUUAUAUAUUUUUUGAAACUUUUAAAAGACUAUAUUCAUAAUGUAUGUACAAAUGCAGUUUUACAAUUUAAGACAGUGUUUUGCAACUCAGAAAAGGAUUUUUUUCCACACCUAUAACAUUGGAUCAAGGCAAUUAAUUCAAAGGGACAAAAGUACUUAAAAACUGUGUGUUAAAAAUUAAAUAUCCUUAAAACUUUUAAAACUACAAAGGAAAUAAAAACUAAGUCUUGUUCACAUUA